UCGAGCUUGCUUUGUCUUUACGGGAACCGAGAACUAUUUAAGAAAAAGUCAAAAUUAUUAUUUUAAGGAUUCAUCAGGCUUAUUCGUUUGUUUGGAGAUUACUACAACAAUGAGAGUAACAGAGGAUCAUUGGGCAACUUUGGUGGAGUAUGCAGAAGAAAACAAUGAAAUUGUUACAAACCAGCUACUUGGACCUAGAGGACGUGAAAUGUUACGCCAGAAAUGGGAUAUUCUCACCAUACUUCUCAAUUCAAUUGGAAAGGGUUCAAAAACAAUUACUAAAUGGAAAAAAUCAUUCAAUGAUUGGAAAUCAAAUACAAAGAAGAAGCAUUCAAUUAUUCGCCAGAGCCAAACUGGUACCGGUGGUGGUCCUAGCUGUGAAUUAUUGCUAUCCGAUAUUGAGUUGCGUCUUCUUCAAUUAAUGGGCCAGACGGCACUUAAUGGUGAUAAAGGAGUACAGGAAUAUGGUCUUCCAAAAGAAAAGAAUCCAAUGCAAAAGACACGAAAAAACAUGAAUGCAAGCUCAGAAACAGUUACCUUGACACAACAAAAAUCGAACACCGAAAAUGUACAAAAGAGGAAGUACGAAGACAUUGAUAACUACUCCAUUGAUGAAAUGAACGAGAAUAUAACUAAGGAGAAUACAACUAAUGUCCAUUCACCAAAUGUAACUAGUAGCCGUAAGAAAAAAAUCGAGUUAUCGUGUUAGAUCGAAAGAAUGAACAACAAUACUCUAGAUGUUCUCAAAAGCAUUGAUAGCAAUAUUGGAAAAAUUGCCAUAGAUUUGAAAAAUUUUUUCUCAUUCUACUCGAAUUUUGUCGGGGGCAAGGAAUAACUUUUACUUAAUCAGAAAUAGAUUUAUCCAUUAAUCACAAAAUCAUGAUUGUGAUAUAAUUAUUACCAAAAAAAAAGUGCUAUAUAUUAAGUUUUUAUUAAGAUUAAUGAGAAAGUACAUACCAUAUCCUUGUGAUAGAAACUGUUUUUAUAAUAGGAAUACGAAGUAAUGCGCAAAUUUUAAGUUAUAUUUUGUCUAAAUCUAAAAUUUAUUUUCUUUUUAAUUUUCGUAAAUGAUGGAAAAAGCAAUGGACAGGAGUAAAAUAAAAAACUGCAUAUUCCAGAUAUUCCGUUCACCGCUUUUAGAUAUUCUUACUGGUUUAGUAGUUUUCUUUCUUUCAUAAUUAAGUUUAGUCCGAACAGUGCAUGUGCUGC